AUGCCGCUCAUGAUCAGUCCAGAGCCGGCAGGUGAUGACAUCGCCGUCAUCGGUCUUGCCUGUCGUUUUCCUGGGGAGGCCUCUGGGCCUCAAGAAUUCUGGAACCUCCUGUGCAAAGGACGAUCCGCCUACACAUCCGCCUCAAAACGGUGGAACGUCGACGCUUUCCACCACUCCGAACGUGGACGCCUGGGAACCAGUGUAGCCCGCGGUGGCCACUUUCUUGAACAAGAUCUAGCAGCCUUUGAUGCCGCCUUCUUUAAUAUUAGCCAAAAUGAAGCUUCAUCGAUGGACCCACAGCAGCGACUUACGCUCGAAGUUUCCUACGAAGCAUUCGAGAAUGCUGGUGUUCCCAUUGAUAAACUUUCCAACAGUCAGACGGGUUGUUAUAUGGGUGGCUUCACAAGUGAUUGGAGAGAGGCCAUGACUCGCGAUGCGGAGGCCGCUCCUAUGUAUACUGGUACUGGUGUCGGGUCAGAGUUCAUAUCAAAUCGUGUCUCGUGGUUCUUCAACAUGAAGGGACCGAGCUUUACACUGAAUACGGCAUGCUCGUCUAGUUUGGUGGCGUUUCACCUUGCUUGUCAGAGCUUGAGGACACGGGAGUCCAACAUGGCAAUUGCGGGGGGCGUUAGUGUGCACCUCAAUCCUGAUUUUUUCAUGUAUCUCUCCAAUCAAGGGUUCUUGGGUCAAGAGGGUCGGUCAAAGACCUUUGAUGCAAAAGGAGAUGGAUAUGGUCGUGGCGAAGGGUGUGGAGUUGUUGUUCUAAAACGCGUGGAGGAUGCCAUCCGAGAUGGAGACAACAUUAGAGCCAUUGUUCGUGGUACUGGAGUGAAUCAGGAUGGCAAGACGAAGGGCAUUACACUCCCUAACGCGGUUGCUCAAGCUGAGCUAAUUCGCUCUACAUACGCCUCGGCGGGGUUGAAUUUAGGGGACACCCAGUACUUCGAAGCCCAUGGCACAGGAACGCAAGCCGGCGAUCCUACCGAGUUGGAAGCCGUUUCACUCACCAUCGGCGCUGCCCUCCCAGCAGAUAAAAAAAUUCUUGUGGGAUCAGUCAAGCCGAACAUUGGCCACGUCGAAGCCAGUGCGGGAAUCGCAGGUGUGAUUAAAGGAGUUCUGGCUCUGGAGAACGGAGUCAUUCCACCAAAUAUUCUCUUCAACACUCCCAAUCCAAAGAUUCAAUUCGAGAAAUGGAGGGUUCAAGUUCCACUUGCACUCACUGCCUGGCCGAGUGAUGGCGUCAGACGAAUGAGUGUUAACUCUUUUGGUGCCGGAGGUACAAAUGCGCAUGCAGUACUAGAUGGUGCUGAGUAUUACUUGCGUGAGAGGGGGUACCAGCUCACUGGUACCCAAGAUAUUAGACCGGGUACCAAGAGAACCCCUCAUGCACCCCGACUGUUUGCUAUUAGCUCUCAUGAUCAAGAUGGUCUGGCGCGCCAGAGGGAGUCUUUGGCCAAAUUCAUAAAGUCACAGGUGGCAAACAUUCCCUCCGCCAAAAAGGACAUCUACCUCGAUCGUCUUGCUUAUACCUUGAGUGAGCGCCGGUCUACUCUGCCGUGGAAGUCCUUUGCUGUUGCAGCUGAUGCAGAUCAGCUCGUAGAGGAGCUUCAAGCCCCUAUGCCGCCAUCCGGCCGAACAAAAGAAGGGCUUCGUCUAGGUUUUAUUUUCACAGGUCAAGGCGCGCAGUGGGCGCAAAUGGGCAUGGAGCUUCGUCAAUAUGAUGUCUUCCAGUCUUCCCUCGAGAGCGCCGAGAGAUUCUUCAAAGAGAAGUUGAAGUGCCCUUGGUCGGUGAUUGAGGAGAUGGAACGUGAAGAAGGCGACUCCCAUAUUAAUUCACCGGAAUUCAGCCAGGCCUUGUGCACAGUCCUUCAAGUGGCUAUCGUUGACCUCUUGUCUUCUUGGGGCAUAACUCCUGUAGCAGUCGCAGGUCACUCGAGUGGUGAGAUUGGAGCAGCAUACUGCUUAGGAGCACUGACUCGUGAGGAUGCGUGGUCAGCUGCUUAUUGGAGAGGGAUACUUUCAUCUCAAAUCCCUACACUGAAUCCUAAUCUCAAGGGUUGCAUGAUCGCGGUUGGUCUGUCAGAGGAUGAGGCCGAGAAAUAUAUCGCGCGUGUUUCGAAAGGCGUCAUUUCUGUUGCCUGUGUGAACUCUCCCUCAAGCGUCACUGUCUCUGGCGACACAACCGGAGUCGACGAACUUCAGGAACUUCUGCGGGAGGACGGUGUAUUUGAGCGAAAGCUCAAGGUUGGUGUUGCUUAUCACUCUAGCCACAUGCAGACUAUUGCUGCUCAGUACCUCGAGGCUAUCAGUGACAUCGAAACCGCAGACAGUCAUCCGGAUCGAAGAAUGUACUCUAGCGUUUCCGGGGACUUCGUUGAAGCCGACGAACUGGGCCCCAUGUACUGGGUCCGAAACUUGACAAACCCUGUACGAUUCUCUGAUGCUUUGGAGAGCCUUGUCCUACCGAUAGACGAUGAAUCCGGAGAGCGACAGAAGACGGCUGCUGUCGAUAUCCUGAUUGAGAUUGGUCCUCAUUCUGCCCUUGGAGGACCUGUCAAACAGAUCCUUAAGGAGAUCGGUGUCAAAGAUGUCGAGUACCAAUCUAUCCUGUCGCGAGGCAAGUCAGCAGUGCAAACCGCACUCCGAUGUAUCGGUACCUUGUCUGUCCGAGGUGUUCCUGUAGAGAUCAAGGAGGCCAAUCAGUAUCAUUAUUCUGCAACGAAAUUGACACCCCUGCAUAACCUCCCCUCAUACGCCUGGAACCACACUCGCACCUUCUGGGCCGAGCCACGCGUCAACCGGGAGUACCGCUUUAGGGAGCACCCCCGUUACAGUCUUGUUGGAGCUCCUUUACCUCGCAUGAGCGAGAAUGAGCGUGACUGGAAAGGCAUGCUCCGCAUUUCUGAAGAGCCUUGGAUCCGUGACCAUCGCAUCCAGAACCUUGUCUUGUACCCGGCAGCAGGGUAUAUUGCUAUGGCUAUUGAAGGUGCGCGGCAACUUGCCGACAAGAGCCGAGAAAUCUCAGCAUUCAAAUUGCGAGAUAUCCAGAUUGGGGCGGCUGCCACAGUCACAGAUGACGCAGAUCUUGAAGCCAUGCUUCACAUGCGCCCACACGCCAAUGGUACUAGAGAUAAGGCAUUCUCGUGGUGGGAAUUCUCUAUCAGUACCUGUGCCCCUGGCCAGGAGCUAAGACAGAACUGUGCCGGUCUACUGCUUAUGGAGUACAAGUCAGAUGAAGGAUCGGCUAUGAGCAUUGAAAAUGAAAUUGCAGCCAUCGCAGCUGCAGAGGAGUAUGCUGAUAUCAAAGCUUCCUGUACCGCUCAGGAGAAACCUGCCAAGUUUUACGAGGAUCUCGCUUCACUAGGGUUGAACUACGGGCCUACCUUCAGCCUAGUGACGGAAAUUCGCCUCGGUAAAGGUGUUUCUUGCUGCACCGUAGAGGUCGCUGAUCAUGGGUCCAAAGUCAUUCCCCCAGCCUCGGUCAAGCGCCCGUACAUCAUUCACCCUACCACGCUUGACGCCAUGUUCCAUGCUGUCUUUGCGGCUUUGAAGGGGCCAGGUGGAGUUCUCAAGGGCGCAAUGGUUCCCAAAUCAAUCGAUCAGAUUACUAUUGCUGCCGACAUUGAUAUCGCAGAGAAAUCACUAUUCCAUGGGUUUGCCACUGCGUCCAAGCAUGGAUUCAAAGAGAUCAUGUCAGAUGUGCAUAUGUUCGACAGCAGUAUGAGCAAUCAUUCAGUCUCUAUUACGGGCUUCUGUUGUGCCGAUGUCGCUAGUAGCGUCGAAUUGACCGAUGCUACCGCUGACGCUGUCAAUUUAUGUACCACUAGUACUUGGCUACCAGCAACUGAGUUGCUGUCUUCAGAACAACUUCAGAAAGUGGUUGAAGACUUGGCUGCAAGCGCCGAUGUGUAUGCCCUCUCAACGGCGUAUAAUGAAGAGGUGGAGAAGGUUGAAUCUCGCUCAAUGGUUCACCAGAUCAUCAAAUUAAUUGCACAAACAAAGCCAGAGAGCACAAUCGUGGAGAUUGGUCAGAUUGGCCUACCGUUGCUGACUGGCAUUUCGGCAAGUAAUAUCGGAUCUCCUCUGAACUAUACGGUGGCAAGUGGCAAUGGGGAAUGGUUGAAGGAGGUAGAGGAAAACCUCAAGGAUUCCAGCUUGAGUCCACAGUUCACCUUGCUUGACGCAGGAAAAGAUUUACCACGCAGCAGCUUCGACAUUGCGAUGUCCACUUUAAUCUCGGAACACUUGAAUGAACUUGACGCCGUCCUUAAGCGAUUGAGCAGCAUUGCUAAGCCAGGGGCAAAGGUCUUCGUUAUUGAUGAUGUACCCAGUGAAUCUCUUGACCGACAUGCUGUCUUCCUGAAGCAUGGCCUCUCAGUUGACUUCAUCACUACUUCCAGGCAAACAAAUCUCACCGUUGCAUCAGUGCCUGCUAGCAAUGCCAACGGAAUAGUCACUGAUGAAAUUAUUAUCCUGGAGCCAGCCAUUCCUUCGUCUAUUUCAAACACUAUCGCCACACAAAUCACCGCGCAACUAGAUGCUGCGUCGAUUCGCUCAAAGCGCACCACUUUACAAGCACCGCUGGAAGAGUUGAAGGGGAAACGUUGCAUCUCGCUCAUCGAAGCAGAUACUUCCUUCUUAGAAGAUCUUUCCGAAUCAGGCUUUGAAAGCCUGAAGAAAAUCCUUUUAGAAACAUCUAGCCUUGUAUGGUUUGUUGGUGUCGAUGGUCCUGCGGCAUCUCUCAUUGCCGGUCUUGCACGAACAGCUCGCAAUGAGAUUGCUGGUCUAGAGCUUCGUACCUUGCAGGCACCCCCCGGCUCGUUUAGAUCGUAUGAAAAUUUGGCUUCGGCCAUAGUCAAGGUCGCUACAUCCUCUAUUCGUGACAACGAGCUGCGAAUCAAAGAUGGAAUACUGCAAAUUAGUCGUCUUCUUGAAGAUAAUGGGUUGAGUGGCGCCAUCGAGGGGCUUCAGAGAGGGGAAAAAGUCCUCACACCUCUGUCUCAGACAGUGCGUCCCCAAAAACUUGUUGUUCAGAACCCCGGUCUACUUGAUUCUCUGUGCUUUGAGUUGGAUGAAAGUCUAGAAAGUGAGAUUGCCGAUGGCGAAAUUGAGAUUGAGGUUCGUGCUAGUGGUGUCAACUUCCGUGAUGUGAUGACUGCUAUGGGUCAGAUUCCCGACGAGACAGUCGGACUGGAGGCCAGCGGCGUGGUACGUCGAAUUGGAAAGAACGUGACGCGCUUCCAGAUUGGUGAUAGAGUCUGCUGCCUGGCUCACGCUGCUCAUAAACCUCUGAUCCGAGUUCCUGUUGUACAAUGCGAGCGCAUUCCCGAGCAUCUCUCCUUCGAAGAGGGAGCCACUCUGCCCAUGGUGCAUUAUACGGCAUACCACGCUUUGGUCAACCUAGCUCGUAUCAGAAAAGGACAGACCGUUUUGAUUCAUGCUGCUGCAGGUGGUGUUGGACAGGCUGCCAUUCAAGUUGCUCAGCAUUUCGGCGCAGAGGUCUUUGCCACCGUCGGAUCUGAUGCAAAGAAAACUCUCAUCAAAGACCUGUACGGAAUCCAAGAUGAUCAUAUCUUCAACUCGCGAGACAUCAGUUUUGUCAAGGGGUUAAUGCGAAUGACCAAGGGCCGGGGUGUUGACUGUGUGCUUAACUCUUUAUCUGGUGAGAUGCUCAGACAAACGUGGUACUGCCUGGCGCCAUUUGGUGUCUUUGUUGAGAUUGGUAUGAAAGAUAUCCUUAGCAACACAGGCCUAGAUAUGCUUCCCUUCAAGAAGCAUGCAACCUUCUGCUUCUUCAAUCUAGAAAACAUUGCCACGAUUAACCCGCAGCUCAUCGAAGAGAUUGGGAAAGGUGUUUUUGGGCUUCUACAAAAGGGUUUCUUGAAACCCGUUGCUCCAGUGACUGUUUACCCUGUCUCCCAGAUGGAGAGCGCAUUCCGUUUGAUGCAGGCCGGUCGUCAUCAAGGUAAAUUGGUCCUCUCUUACAGCCCUGAGGACGUUGUACCUAUGCUCCGACGUGCAGAUGAUGCGCUACGACUCAACCCCAAUGCGACAUAUGUCCUUGUCGGAGGAUUUGGUGGUCUCGGACGCAGCUUGUUACGCAUGUUCGCUGCGAGCGGCGCCCGACAACUGGCAGUCUUCUCCCGAUCUGGUGCUACUUCGGCCGCGGCUCAAAUUUGCGUCGCUGAAAUUGAACAACUUGGUACAAAGGUUCAGGUGUACCAGUGCGAUGUUGCUAGUGAGGCAGCUGUCAAGGAGGCCGUUAAGCAUAUGAAGACCAACCUUCCUCCCAUCAGAGGUGUAAUCCAGGGAGCAAUGGUCCUCCGCGAUGUACUCUUCGAGCAAAUGACCUAUCAGCAAUGGAUUGAGUCAACACGGCCCAAGGUGCAAGGCACAUGGAACCUUCACCAAUUCUUGCCAAACGAUAUGGACUUUUUCAUUACUCUUAGUUCAUUUGCCGGUGUGUUCGGUAAUCAGGGACAAGCCAAUUAUGCAGCGGCCGGUGCGUACGAAGAUGCUUUGGCAUAUUACCGUCGCAGCCAAGGACUCAAGGCAGUGACUAUUGACUUGGGAGUCAUGCGCGAUUCAGGCGUGUUGGCCGAGCAAGGCACAACAGCUAAUCUGAAGGACUUUGAGCCAUUCGCUAUUAGUGAUGCAACAUUCCAUGCAAUGAUAAAGAAGGUCAUCGUCGAUGAAGUCUCCGGUGUAUCUACUCCCGCCCAGAUCAUCACCGGUAUGCCGACAGGGAGAAGUAUACAAGCUGCCGGUAUUUCGCGACCCUACUUCUUUGAUGAUGCUCGGUUUGCCAUCUUGAGUUUGGCAGGCGAACAGGGCGAAGAGGGCGCCGGAGGKGAGGUCUCAAUCGAGGCACAAAUCUCACGAGUCGCAUCUCGCGAAGAGGCGGUACCCUUAGUUCAGGAAGCCCUCAUCAACCGGGUUGCCAAAUUCCUACAGACAUCGCCAUCAGAAAUUGACGCCAGUAAGCCGCUGUAUCAUUAUGGCGUGGACUCGCUAGCGGCGGUCGAGAUGCGCAAUUGGGUAUUUCGAGAGAUCAAAUCGGACAUCUCGCUGCUGGAAGUCAUGUCAGCCAGUCCUAUCAGCAAACUUUCACAAGAUAUUGCCAUGAGGAGCAAGGCUAUUGUGGCGUGA